UUUGAGGUUUGCUUCCACCUGGCCCGGCUCACCUGUUACCUCCUCGGUUUUUAGAUCUCUUGGAAGAACUUCUCGGUGGCUUCAGCGCCCCCUUCCCCGGCCGCGGGAGGGAAUCGGUUCGUGGCACCGGGGCAAACCGGACGGCAACGUUCUGCCUCACCAUGGGCUGGAUCGACCAGGUGGCUUUGCUGGUCUUGGGAGUAUUAAUGCUGGCCGAAAGAGACCGCUGCCAACAUGUCAAGAAAAACGUGCCGCGGCUGAAAUUAUCCUACAAAGAAAUGUUUGAAUCCAGCAAUAUAGCUACUUUCCAUGGACUGGUCAAUAGUUCUAGUUACCAUACAUUCCUUUUGGAUGAAGAACGGAGUAGACUCUACGUUGGAGCAAAGGAUCACAUAUUUUCUUUCAACCUAGUCAACAUCAAGGAUUUUCAAAUGAUUGCAUGGCCUGUAUCUCAUAGUCGUCGGGAUGAGUGCAAGUGGGCUGGAAAAGAUGUUCUA